GCGCCUCUGGUUUCCAUCGGGAAUUGUUGCUGCGGGCGGUGCGAAGUUGUGGAGCCAGGAUUAAAAAGUGGUGGCCCGCCAGCGGGCGGUUUGACUUGGAAAUCCGUUUUGUAGCGGAUGGUAAAGUCUCCGCCACAGCGAAAGAGGAUUGAGUUAUGUCCAGGGACAGGAUCAACUUCAAACACAUGAUUUGCUGCACAUAUCCUCUGUCUUUGUGGAAACCAGACAUUUCUCCUCAGGACUGUCUAUGAACAUUAGAGGAGAUCUAUUCAAUAAACCACAUUUGACUCUGAGCACAAAAGAUCCAGGAUGGAAUAUUUGUGUUGGUUGUUGCCUGUUUGUAUUAGUUUUCUACUGGUUGGAGCUUCACUGGCCAAUGAAACUGUAUCAUCAAAUAAUACAACAAGACCUCCAGAUGGGAACAGUUCACAACAGCAACUACUCACUUCAUCAUUGAUCCUGCUUACUAUGUUCAUCAUUUUCAUUCUUCUGACUGGCUGUUUUUGCAGGUUCAGGAAGCAUAGGAAAGCAGUUGUGAACACCAGUGACAAAAAAAUGCCAAAUGGAAUCUUAGAAGAGCAAGAGCAGCAAAGGGUGAUGCUGCUCAGCAGGUCUCCCUCAGGCCCAAAGAAAUACUUCCCAAUUCCAGUGGAGAAUCUGGAGGAAGAAAUCAGGAUAAGAUCUGCAGAUGAUGGGAAGCUGUUUCGGGAAGAAUUUAAUUCAUUAACAGCAAGCUAUGUGCAAGGAACAUUUGAAAUGGCAAACAAAGAAGAAAAUAGAGAGAAAAAUAGAUACCCCAACAUCCUUCCUUAUGAUCAUUCCAGAGUGGUAUUGACUCAAAUGGAUAGUAUUGCAUCAUCAGACUAUAUUAAUGCUUCGUAUAUAGAUGGUUACAAAGAAAAGAAUAAAUUUAUAGCAGCUCAAGGCCCUAAACAAGAAACAGUUAAUGAUUUCUGGAGGAUGAUUUGGGAACAGAAGUCAGCAACUAUCGUUAUGUUAACAAACUUGAAAGAGAGAAAAGAGGAUAAAUGUUAUCAAUACUGGCCUGAUCAAGGAUGCUGGACUUACGGAAAUAUCAGAGUUUCAGUAGAAGAUUGCAUAGUUCUUGUGGACUACACCAUUCGCAAGUUUUGUAUUCAGUCACAGCUUCAUGAUGGCUGUAAAGCUCCAAGGCUUGUAACACAGCUUCACUUUACCAGCUGGCCUGAUUUUGGAGUGCCUUUCACACCCAUAGGGAUGCUGAAGUUUCUAAAAAAAGUCAAAACACUGAAUCCUUCACAUGGUGGACCAAUUGUGGUUCAUUGUAGUGCUGGUGUAGGUCGAACAGGCACAUUUAUUGUGAUAGAUGCCAUAAUAGAUAUGAUGCAUUCUGAACAGAGAGUUGAUGUUUUUGAGUUUGUCGCAAGAAUCCGUAAUCAACGCCCACAAAUGGUUCAAACUGAGAUGCAGUAUUCAUUCAUAUAUCAGGCAUUGUUGGAAUACUACCUUUACGGUGACACAGAACUAGAUGUGUCCUCCUUAGAAAAGCACCUACAAACAUCACACAGUACAACUCCUAAUCUUGGACAAAUGGGGCUAGAAGAAGAAUUUAAAAAAUUAACAAAUGUUCGGAUAAUGAAAGAAAACAUGAGAACUGGCAAUCUGCCAGCAAAUAUGAAGAAAGCCAGGGUCAUCCAGAUAAUUCCAUAUGACUUUAACAGAGUGAUUCUUUCAAUGAAAAGAGGUCAAGAGUAUACAGACUAUAUCAAUGCUUCCUUCAUAGAUGGUUACCGCCAGAAGGAUUAUUUUAUUGCAACCCAAGGACCACUUCCUCAUACAGUGGAAGACUUCUGGAGAAUGGUGUGGGAAUGGAAAUGUCACACGAUUGUUAUGCUUACAGAAGUUCAAGAAAGGGAGCAAGAAAAAUGUUUUCAGUACUGGCCAUCAGAGGGCUCUGUUAUUCAUGGAGAUAUAAAUAUAGAAAUAAAAAAUGACAGUCUCAUAGAUGCCAUAAGUAUAAGGGACUUCAUCAUCACAUACAAUCAGACUCAUCAGGAGAAGCAAAGCAGACUCGUCCGCCAGUUUCAUUUUCAUGGAUGGCCUGAAAUUGGAAUUCCAGCUGAAGGAAAAGGAAUGAUUGACCUUAUUGCAGCUGUCCAAAAACAGCAGCAGCAGACAGGAAACCAUCCAAUUACUGUGCAUUGCAGUGCUGGAGCUGGAAGAACAGGUACUUUCAUAGCACUCAGUAAUAUUCUGGAACGCGUAAAAGCUGAAGGGCUGUUAGAUGUAUUUCAAGCUGUGAAGAGCUUACGACUGCAAAGGCCACACAUGGUGCAAACACUGGAACAGUAUGAAUUCUGCUACAAAGUGGUACAAGAUUUCAUUGAUAUAUUUUCUGAUUAUGCUAAUUUUAAAUGAAAUUUCCUGCCUUAUUUUUUUAAUUUAAUAGCCAAUGUAUAUAUUUGUAAAUCUUGUUAAUUUAUUUCAUAUUUGUCAUUCUGAUUCUUGACUCAUACCAUUAAUGGUAUUACUUUGCAUUUUGUUUUCAAAGUUACAUUUGCUGCAUAAACUUGUAAGUUGAUGAAGCAGAUAUCUUUUAAAAUUAAGCGUUCAUGCACAAUACAUCCAUGUGGUAUAAGAUGUUAUAUACAUCUUUAUUCUAAAUAACGGUAAAAUCUUCAAUUUUGCCUUUAUUGAAUUUUUUAAUUAAAAUACGUCAAUGAUUAUUUUUCCUUGGUUAGCAGCCUUUACAUUUUCCAAAGCUGUUUUAUUUUCAUAUAGAAAACUGAAUCAUAGCAAAUAUUCUUAUUUGACCCAGGACCUUCUCACAUUGAAGUCAGUAGCAAAAAAUUGAUUUUAUCAAGUCAUAUUCUGAUACCCUUAGUUGCACUGAGUUUCAGCUUGCUUCAUGAAUAGCUUCACUAGAGGCAACUACACAUUUUACAGGGUAAAGUGCUAUUCACUGGGUGCAUCUACACGUGAAAUUAAGGUGAAGCAAUGAACUCUGCACCUGUCUGAGCCAGACUAGACUGCUCCUGGGCCCUUAAUUCAAGCUGGGGUGGAGCAGGCCUGGGCUGGCAGGGGACACAAGGGGUCAGCCCCAGGCUCCAGGUGGCAGCAUCAAGCAGCAGAGGAGCUGGGGGCUGACCCCUAUCUUAUGAUGGAGUUAAUUAGUUUAAUGCACAUGUACAGUGAUGCUUUGCUAAUUAGUCUUCUCCACAGUAAAGUGCACAUGUAGAUGCACCUACUGUGAAGAUGUCAGAAUUUGGCCCUUACCAUGUAAUAAUGUACAAUUCAACUUUAAUAUAAAUAUUGACAGCAAUGUGUUUUUUUUCCAUAGCCCAUAUAUAGUAGGUAGUAGGGGUGUGCGAAACAGACCCGAUUCGGAUUUGGCCCAAAUCAGGGACAGUGAUUUGAUUCAUUGAUUCAGAUCACUGUCCCUGAUUCUAUUCGGCCAAAUCUGAAGAUUCAAUGCUGAUUCGGAGAACCAGUGAUUCAGCCAUAGACGCAGCUUUGAAUGUUUUUCCUACAUACCUCAAGGAACCAGGCGCAGCUCAUGAACAUUGUGAUGUUGGGGCGGAUGGAGCGUGUUUCCCCCCCACCCUGCAUGCUUGGCAGGAAACCCAGAAGUGGACUGGAAGUACUUCUGGGUCCACCAGGGAGUGUGCUGCCCCCCCGCCCCCCCCCCCAGCUCAGUGAUUGGUCAUGGGGGGGAUUCUGAGUACCCCCCCAGACCCAGGAGUCACCAGUUGCCAAGCUGGGGUGCGUGGGGUGGCCCCCUGGCAUGCUCUCCGGCGGACCUGGAAAUACUUCUGAUCCACUUCUGGGUCUCCUGCCGAGCACACUGGGGAGCCCCCCAUGCUUCUGUUGGAUAGUCUAUGUGCCCAGCAUCACAGCAUUCACAAGCUGCCUGCUACCUGGAGGUAUGUAGAAGAACAUUUAAAGCUGUGUCUAUGUCCAAAUCUUUCUGAAUCUCUCUGAAUCGAUUCAGAGGGUUCCGAUUCAGAGAUCAGAUCCCAUGGCACUUUUACAUGUGUGUGUGUCAGGGGCCUUAGAUAUGAAUCAGUGUAAAUUGCUUCAUUUAAACGUGGUCUUAAAUGUCCAUUUUAUUUUGCUUUUAUUUAAAUGGAAUGCAACUUUUUAAAAUGUUCCUUUUCAAAAUAAAUACAGUAUUUUAAUUUAUGGGUAAGGUUUUUUCACUAUUUUGAGAAUCUUUUGCACAUCAGAAGACUAAAUUCAGCUGCAAAUAUUUUUGCUACCCAUGAGCUUCUGCCAACUAUUUCAAGGGAUUUUUUUUCUUUUGUCACAAGCAUAUAUAUGUUUGAUAAACUGUGUUAUGAUGUGUAUAGUUAUAGGGGGAGAGAAAGAGAAACUUAUAAUCUCUUUACUUGAACAAGCAACAAGGUAAACACAAACAUCUGUUAUUAAGUGUUGAGAAACAUUUUAAUAGGGAAAUGCCACUUGUAUCAAUAGUAAACUAUUGAUAGGAAGAAGCUCUUAUAAACCGUUCCUAAAAUAUCCUCUCCCCAUUUAAAAAGGAAGUCUUUCCUUAAUCUAAAAAAGUAUGUGUAUAUAGAUAUAUUUUUAAUGAAAAUACUAUUGAAAAGCCUUAUUACUAAGAAAAAUAAAUAAAAUCUUUAUUAUAACCCUGAACAGGAUUUACUUUGGGGGUUGGAAACACACAAGGCAUCUGAAUGUUGAAAUAUUUUUAAAGCAGCUUUCCCACUCUUUAAAAGGCUUACCUAAAUUUAAUGAGCACAAAAAUAAGUAAUUUACAUAAGUAUCUAAUAUGCAAUAGGUCUGUCAUUUUCAAUUGGUUGACUUUCUACUGAAAACGUAAAAGCCUUAUUUAAAAAUAAACUGAUCUCUUCACAUUUAUUCUUGCACUAUUUUGUUCCAUGUUCAUUUAUGUCUGGAAAUAAGUAAAGUUAUGCUUUUAAUAACACAAAGGAUAACAAAGGUGUUCACACCUCUUCGUUUAUUACAUAAUGAACAGAAAAAGGUUUGGGUUAAAAGUUUUUAAGCACACUGUGUUGAACACUGCCAUUUACUGCUUGUUGUCUUCCCAGUAAUGCACUUCUGUAUAUUUAUUUGUACAGUAAUUAUGCACUUAACAACUGCAGCAGUUUUGUUGCUUGACUAAACAUUUGAUGUGAGUUGUUAUUAAUGGAUACAUUUAAAAUGAAGAAGUCUUCAUUUGACUAUAGAAAAAUGUUAAAUAAGCUUUCAAUUUUGGCAUGUUUUGAAAGUAUAAAAUGUAUCAAAAUAAAAGCCAUGAAAUAAACUGAGUUACAAAAAGCCAGUACCAUUUGUAAUACAGGGAACAACUAAGUAUGGUACAGAUUUGAUGCUGAUAAAACACUUUAUUUCAUUUCUCAGUCAGGAUUAUUCUGUACAGUAAUUCUCAAAUGACUGUCCAGUCAUGUUUUAAAUGGCACAAAUAAAUGGAUUCCUGAGGCAAUCUAUUCUAUAGUGACAACAGAUCUCACUGUAAGGAGUUUCAUGAUAUUCACCCUACAUUUUUAUUUAACAAUCCUAUGUUAUCUUGUUAUGCCCUGUGAAUGACCUGUCUGUAAUGUUCCAUGGGUUUACCUGGAUGGUAUCUUACAUCAGUAAUAAUGCAAUGAAAUCUGCUAGCUCAGACUUAUGUAAAAAUUACCACACUAAAUGCAGGGUAAUUCCAAGUGGACAUAUGCCUUUCCAGAGCAUAUGUCUAAUAAAGCAGCAGGUUAAUAAUCUCUAAAUGCUCAAAGUAUCAGGUACUAAAACCAAUAGUUUGAUUACAAUUAGCUAAAAUACCAAGGGAUCAGGAUUUUUGUGGGUAGUAUCUUUUAUUGAGUCAACUGCAUGGUUGCGAUAGACUUAGACAAGCUUUGUACCCUUUUUUGAAUGCACUGCAUUUGAAAGCUUGUCUAAGUCUAUUCCAGCCAUAAAGUUGAUACAAUACAAGAUAUCACCCACAAAAGUCAUUGCCUCUCACAUGUCUUCUGGACCAUUAUGGCUGCAUCACUACCAAACUAGGAAGAAAUUCCUGCUGCUGUUAUAAGGAUUCAUAGAUUCUUAGAUUCUAGAGUCAGAAGGGACCCAAUGGAGCAUCGUGCCCAACCCCCUGCCCCUGGCAGGAAAGAGGACCAAGGUCAGACAACCCCAGCCAGGUGAUUGUCAAGCCUUCUCUUGAAGACCUCCAAGUUAGGUGAUAGCACCACCUCUCUUGGAAGCCCAUUCCAGACUCUGGCCACCUUUAUUGUAAACAACUUCUUCCUAAUGUCUAACCUAAAGAUGUCUGAAGUAUAAAAGAAAUCCCCAUAAAAUAUUUCAAAAGUCAUAAAUAUGGCUAAACAAUGACAUUUCUUGCUAUAAUUUAGAAAGCUUGUUUUCCAUUUUUUUUUAGUCAAAUAAAGCUGUUUUAUUUAAUACAACAAUCUAAUAGGUAUGUAUUAAGGAUUAUUUCUUUUACAUUUUCUAUGUUGCAUGGAAUUGCAUUAAAAUGCCAAAUAGGGAUUAGAAAAUGUACAUUCUGAUCUACAUGCAUUAUUGGUCACUAUGUGACUGACUUGACUGUCUAUUUUUAUGUGUUACAUUAGACUCCAGUUCACCAAAGUAUUUAAGCACAUGCUGUAAGUCCAUUUCUAUUCAAUAAAACAUUUAAUAUGGGCUUAAGUCUGGCUGGUUUCAUUUUUCCGGAAGCAUGUACUUCUAAGUGCUUUGCUGAAUUGAGUCCUUAACAAAAAAUGCAUACUGUAAUUACAAGUGUUUUUAAAAAUAUUUUUACGUAUCUGUUUUUUAAACUUUUAAAAUGAGCCUGGCCACCUGUGUGUUGAAUAUUUUGAAAUGUUUUCAUUUCCCUAGUAUCAUUUUUAAUGUAAAGAAGUUACUGAAACUUUUCUGUAAAACCAAACUGUAUUUAAUUUGUCAAAUCUUUAUAAAAUAUGUAUGUAUUAUACAAUUUCAGCUACUAUUGAUAUUUUCUUUUAUUACAUUUAUAAUUUGAUCUUGCUGUGUUUAUAAUGCCAGUGAAUGUUGCUGAAUUAUUUGUAUAUGCAAAUUGCAAGAUCUAAUACAUUCUGAUGCAAGAACAAAGCUUCGUUUUCA